GGGAAAUAGGCCUUGGACAGGUUGUUUCAUUGUUGUUACUAGCAACGCCCUAACUCGGGACAGAUCCGUUCAUGUUGAAUUUGUCUUUAGUUCUGUGACUCGCAUCGGAUUUGAAUCUUUAGCUUGUAAGGAAAGAGCAACAUCCGAUCAAGAUGGAAGUCAUACAAGACAAGUAUUAUGAGUUCCAAAAAUUCUGGGACUGGGCUAUAUCUAUAUCAGAUCCAAGAGUAAAGGAUUGGCCUCUUAUGCAGAGUUACGUACCAACUAUUGCAUUGACCAUCAUCUACGUAUUCUCGGUCAUCAUCGGCAAGCGAGUCAUGGCCAAUAGGGAUCCAAUCAAGUUCAAAUAUACACUAUUCUUCUAUAAUCUGGGACUUAUUGUUCUCAACUUUCAUAUAGCUUCUACACUAUUUAUAUCAGCAUACAGAGCAGGUUAUAGUUUACAGUGUCAAUCAGUCAAAUACUCGUAUGACCCUAAUGAAUACAAUAUUGCAAGUGCCCUGUGGUGGUUUUAUAUAUCAAAGUUGGUGGAAAUGAUGGACACAAUAUUUUUCGUAUUAAGAAAAAAGAACAAUCAGAUUAGUUUUCUCCAUGUCUACCACCACGCUUCCAUGUUCCCUCUGUGGUAUAUAGGUGUCAAGUGGGUUGCUGGUGGACAGUCAUUCUUUGGUGCAAUGAUCAAUUCCUUCAUCCAUGUAUUGAUGUACUCUUACUAUGGGUUGUCUGCCCUUGGACCUCACAUGCAGAAAUAUUUAUGGUGGAAACGCUACCUCACCAUUCUCCAGUUGUUGCAAUUCUUUAUUGGGAUGGUGUAUGGAUUUCAAAGUCUGUAUUUGGGCUGUGAUUUCCCUCUGUGGAUGCAGUAUACAGGCUUAGUGUACGGUGUCACAAUUAUCACACUGUUCUUCAACUUUUAUAUACAAGCCUAUUUGAAGAAGCCCAAUGCUCAUGUGCAGAACAAAGGAAAAUCGGCAGCCAAUGGAGAAGUGAAUGGAUCAAGUUCUCAAAAUGGUUCAUCUGUCGCUAAUGGUCAUGUGGAAACAAAAAAGGAUAAGUGAGGAUCGGUCAUUUGAGAUGUACUGGUCAAAUGUGAUGAACUGGACAAAGGAUAGCAUCAGAUACCAAGAUUGACUAUCUGUAAAUUCUCUAGGUAAACUAGCUGAUUUUAAUCACAGGUGAAAUCUCCAGGUGUCUGGUAAAGUUUGAAUGAAAUCCGAGUCCGAAAGGAAAGAAAUGAACUUUUGGAGUGACCGUUCUCUCUCAAUCCUAGCCUGAUAUUCUUAACAACAAAUUACCUCCUUGUCAUCUUAUAGAUAUUUAUUAUCUAUAGUGUGUGAGGUAUCGAAGAAAAAUUAUUCUUCAGGAUCUGUAAUUAAAAUAUUCCAGUUGACCCAACAAUACUGUUUACAUAACAAUCAAGUAGAAACAGGCACAUGGACCAUGACAAAAUUUUGGAGUCGCAUGCUUCAUAAAUUUUAUUUUUUACUGCAGCCAUAUUGCUGUAUUUUUUGGACAUAAUUUGUAGAAAAUUCUAAAGUAAAUUUUGAAAUAAUUUUAAGAUAUAAUAUUAACUUUGGUCGAUCAUUUUCAUUCUGAGACAAACUUCAUUUGGUAAGCUUGCAAACUUAUUCAUCUGCACAGCGUUUUGAUUGUGAAGUUUUGAAUGGGAAGUUUAAAAAUCUCAAUUUGUUAUCAAAAAAUAUUACAAAUCUGUUACUCUUGAAAGCAAUACUCUUAAAUGCUAUGCAAUUUUUUGAACAAAUCAGUAGUUAAUAGACAAAAAAAUAAUAAAAAAUAGAAAUGUUUUAUUGAUCAUGAGUAUAACGAUGAUCAAUAAAUAUAUAUAGAUAAAAUUUGUUUAAAUUAAAUCAUAAAUAGACAAGUAUUCUUCUUGAUUUAUAACAAGAUGAUUUCCUGUGCAAUUGCAUGUCUUUCAUAGUAAUACAUAAUGAGAAAGCACAGCUUAUGUAGCACUCAUUUGUUUAAGUGUGCUGAUCAACACGUGCUUUUGUUUUAGCUUCAUUUUAAGUUGUUUAUAUUGUUCAAUUAAUCACUGAAAAGGCCAGUGUUCAAAAUGAGUAAUUACAACAGCAAGUUAAAACUUAAGUGGUUGAUGAAAGACCUUUGAUAUAAAUUAUUUAUUCAAAAUUUGUAAAAUUUUGCUAAAUUAAAAAAAAAUAAUCAUAAAAAAUAAUUAAUGAUUAAGAAUGUGCCAUGGUGGUGUAUCUGUGCAUAUUGUCUAUUUUGAGAAUGGAUUCUCAUUAAAUGUAUACAGUUUUAGAAUUUUUACAUUUACUUUGUUUUCAAUAAAUUUUCAUUUCUAGUAAUUUCUUAUAUUAAAAAAAGAUAAUCUUGCGUUGUUGGUAGUAAAUGGAGCUUCAAAAUGAGAAUGAAUAAGGCGCUAGUAAAUUCUAUAAGAAUUAUAAUUCUCUUUCCCUUUUUUGGCAAAAUGAAUACAAUAUUGAGGUUAAAUGUAAUAUACCAAGUAUUUUUUUAUAAUAUUAUGAAGUUUAACUUCAAUCGAUAAGCAAGUUACAUGUAUAGAUAUCUGAUUUGUGCCUUUCUCAUUGAAUUUAAUCUUUUUUACUUUCUAAAUAUUUUAACCUGUCUGUUAGAUUUUCAAUUCAAUAUCUAUAUGAAGUGGUAGUUAACGUUGUGUAUGAAGGAAUUUGUAAAGUAUAGGUGUGUUUCAUGGCGAGAAUCUGAAUGUUUAUUAAUGAUGUUAAAAUGCGAAUUGUUUGGUAAACUUCAUGAAAAGUUGAAAACUUUUUAUAUUUCUGGAAAGCAAGGAUAGCUAAAUGGUAGACUUAAAGAGAGCUGUGAGAUUUUGCUCAAUCAUCAUCUGCUAUCAGUCAGGUUUAGGUUUGGAGCAGUUCUUGAAUGUCUUUCAUCAUUUCAAUGAAUUCACACAUAUUCACACAAAUUCACUAUGACCAUUAUUCACCUAUUCACAGAAAAUAUCAGCAUGUAGUUAUUUUCUUGUUUUCUCUUAGAAAAGAAAAUAAUUAAAAUCAAUAUAAAUAUAUGUAUCGGUAAGUAGGUAAAGAUGGCUGAAAGUUUUAAUUAAUUUCAUAGGUUGUUUUUCGUAAUAGCUUAGGGUGUGUGGUUGUGUAUUUUGUCAUUCUUUCUGGAAUAAGAUUAUCAUUCAAAAUGAUUGCUAUAUUUCGAAACAGCCCAGCUAAAUGGAAAAUCUUUUUAAAUUUAAGUUUUAAAAACCUUGUUAUAGACUUUAACAAGCCAAAUGCUUACAGAAACUAAUAAGAACUUGUUUAGUGAAAUGUAUGACGCAUUAGCAAUAUUUAGAUUAAAUUCAACAGUUAACAAUAUCACAUAUCUUUUGGAAAUGGAAAUAUUGUAUCCUAGCACUUUAACAGAAAUUUCUACAUGAACAAGUAUAAACAUGAUAUUUUACUUGUAUUUUGUUAAGUUUGUGAUAAACUGCUGUCAAAACAAACAAAAUCUUUAAAUGUUUAUCUAAUUUGUUAUUGUAUUAGUACAGUGAUAAAUUUUGUUUGUUUGUAUUUUAGGAGGACAAAACUGUUAGUGUAGAUUUUUUAUCUGAAAGUCAUUAGUUUCAUUAUUGAAUAUUUAAGUAUCUGUACAUUAAACACACAGAUACAAAGGUUGAAUUUGAUAAGUAUUGCUGUUUUAACUGUGAAUUAUAUUCAUAAUAAUCUGUAUUAUCACAUACAAAUAUUUGUUGAUCAAACUAUUUAAAAAUUUAUUAUUAAGAGGUGAAGUUUUAUAUAAAAAUAUUUGUAAGAAUUUUAAAAAUAUUUUUGAAAACUCUGUAAUAAUGACUUUGUGUAAUGGCCAACAUUGCAGAGUUACUUGUGAUAGAAAUCGAUACCGGUCAAUUUACUAUUGUUUAGUUAACUUGUUUAAUAUUACCGUAUUUAUCCAGUAAUAAGCCCAGCAGCUAACACAGCAACUUCGACUCCAUGUAUGGGGUUGACUUUUUGCAAGACAAUGAAAUAAAUGUAUUAUCAUUUUAACUGAAGUGCAAAAGUAAUGGCAGGGCGUAUAAUUGGCUUAACGACAGGCUUGGGCUUAUUGCUGAUUAAAUACGGUAUAUAGCUAGAAUCCCAUAUAAGAGUUCAACCUGUCUUGAGAAACCGAACCACUAAGUUUCAUCUUUUAUUGAAAAGUGACCAUGAAUAUUUACUUUUAAAAUACAUCAUUAAAUACAUAAAUAACAUCAUAUGCAAGAGUUGUUCAGACUCGGAUUUUCGGGCAGGUCUCAAAAGACAGGUUGCUCUGAAAUAGAAUUCCGAUCAUAAGAUUUACAUACCUGUAAAACAUUGAUGUGACCUUGCAAAUCAGCAUGUCACUGACAUGCUAAUUAUUACAGGGUAAUUAUUUACUAAUUAAGAAGUACGUUUGAUUUUGUGCUAGAAUAAUUUUGCCUGAACGUUGUGUAUUUGUGAUUGUAUUUUCCUAUUUGACCCAUGGAACUAGUUUCUCUUAAAAAUAAACAUUCCUAAUUAUCUAGCAAAACGGAAUUCAUACAGUUUGCUUCAAAGUCUGUAAUCAUUUUCAUGGAAUGUAAUCAGUUUCAUACUGCAAAGCAACAUUUUCUGCCGUAGAUUUUGAAGUAUAGAUACAAAUUGCUGUGUAAGGAAUAUAUACCAUUGGUUUUGUUCAUCUUAUCAAUUGCAGUAACAAAUUGGUUUAGGUUAAAUAACAGAUUUCAAUUAGUCAUUGUAAUUCCAAUUGAUCACAAUUCCAUACCGGACUGACUGCUUUAAAUUAUUGCAUUAAAUUAUCUUUAAGAUAAAAAAAACUAAUUAUUCCACCUAAAAUCCUUAAAUGCUGCUGGAGCUGUGGUUAUGAGGCAGGUAUAAUUUUAUUGGAUGUCUGGUAAUUUAAGGGCUGUUCUUAUAAAAUAUAUACGUUUUUAAUAUAUCAAAUGGAAUGACUCCAAAAACAUGGAAAAUCUAUGCAAUGUGGAUUCUUUGGAACACAUGGCCUAUUACCCAGUACAUGGUACUGCUUUAAUUAAAUCACUUCUAUGGAUGGUCUCUGUUUGAAAAAAAUCUGGAGUCCCCUUCCAUUUGGUAGAUGUUUCACUGAAAUAGCCGUAAGAAUUUUUUUUUUUUUAAUUUAAAAAAAAUUUAAAAAAAAACAAUUAAACUAUUAGUACCUACAUAGUUAAUACACUUUUUUUACAGAAACAAAAUCCAUCCAGUUUUUAUAAGAUGACUUUACUGACUGCAUGAUCAUUAAUUGACACUAAAUUGAAAUCCUUGAGCUAUUUACAACUUAUCAUCUUUCGUAAUAUGACCACCAGUUCCAAACACUAAUAUUUAUCUUAUUGUUUAUACAUACUACUACCAUUAGUAUGGCAAAGAUUUGUGGGUCAAGUAGGUUGAUACAUUUUUGUUUACUAUCCUUUUUAAUACAAUAGAUGUAUAAUUAGAUGUAUUGUUGUAAUGAUUAUAUAGAUAUAUACCUAGAUAUUAUAUUAAGAUUUAUUUAUUGAUUGUACAUAGACACAAAAUAUAUUUAUCCAUAUUUACAUUAUAAAUAAUGAACAUUUAAUUUGAUAAAAAAAAAGUUCAUAUAAAAUGUACUGUAUAUAUAUUUCAUUAAAACAUCUAUUGUACAGGCUUAUGGUCAUAUAGGAAGUAUAUGUACGUCUUUUGGGAAAGUGUAAUUUCUUUUCAUUCAAUACAAUAUUUAAGUGCAUGUUAUUUAAAAGUCCAAAAAUUAUUUUUGAACAUACAAUGUCAUGUAUUUUAGUUUCAAAGAAAAGAUUUUUUAAAGUUAUAUACACGCUUUAAAUUCUACAAGAUUUCCAAGAUCUGGUGUGGCUUUCGUGGGGGUUUAUGAAACAGCUGAAUAAUAAUAGCAUAAUUUUUUUCUUACUUUUGCCAAAUCCUUGAACUAGUAUGCAAUAUAAUAACAGUUCUUGGGAAGGAUGAAUAUAAGAAAAAUAAAACAAAAAACAAGACUUUACCGAAAGGCCUUUCUGUCCUCUUUGGCUUCAGACUUAUUUGCAGUAAAUCUUUUUGUUUCGUUUUUCUUAUAUAUACGUAUAUUUACUUAGACAUAAUGAAUAUGGGUGCUAUGAGGAUAGAAUCAUGUACAUUACAGUACAAAUGAAACCUCUGACAUCCACAAUUAACACUUCAGAGGGUUUUUGGAGUGUCUUUUUCUUGUUAGAACUAAUUAAGAUAAUAUUAGAUGUUAUUUUGAAGCAUUUAGACAAUUUCUUUUUCAAUUUUCUAUAUGACAGAGGCUUUAAAAUAUUAUAGUGAUAGUGUUUUUUACAACUUUUUUUUUUGCAUUGCACAUUCUUUUCAAAUUUGAUAAUUUUUUAUCAAAAUAUCAUGAUUUCAAAUUCAAGUACAAAAUUGACUUAACUACCUGUAAUUAGCUGUAUUUUGACUAUUUUCUGAUUUUAUACAUUUGACAGGCAUUAACUAAAAUGGUAUCCAUUUAUACAUGUUUAUCCAAAUUAAUUCUUUUAAUGAAAAAUAUUGUUUUAAUAAAUUAAGUAGUGUUCAUUUCAAUUUUCAUCUGGAUUGUUGAUAUUUCACAUAAUUUAAAUCCCCCUUUGACUUGGCAUAUUUGUGUUCAAAUAGAAGCAGAAACAUGUUGGCAUAUUUUAUGAUUUUUUUCUCUCCUGGGAACAGUUGUUUUUAAGCAUGUAUAAUUUUUGUUAAACUAAGUUGUUAAUUUUUCAUGUAUACCGGUAACAUUAUUGAAAGAUUUAUUUUGGUAAAAAUAUUGAUCUUUUAAGAUAGAGGAGAGCUUGGUGUAAUAUUGCAUGAUAUAUAUAUAUAUAUAUAUAUUGUAGAUAUAUUACAUAUUAUAUAAGUAAAUCCAAUCCUACUGACUGAUAGACUCCAGAUUCACCAUCAUUUUAAAUUUGGAGAAUAUCAUUACUACCUUGAUUCUUAAUGUAUGCUUUUACAUGUAAAAUUCAGCAAUGGUAUUUGGCAAAACUUCUCAAAAUUGUAGACAGUUGUGAAGCUGGAGACAUGAUUUCUUUUGUUUUUCUAUACACAGAAAAAAAUCAUAGGCAUUCUGUUUUUUUGUAUUUUUAUAUAUUUACAUUUUACUUUUGUUUGUUCUUUUUGCUGUAUUUGUUAGUGUUUUCAAUAUGUAUAUGGCUGUGUAACAGUAAAAGUGAGAGACAGAGAGAGACAGACAGACAGACAGACAGAGAGACAGGGAGAGAGGGAGACAGAGAGAGAGAGAGGGAGACAGACAGAGAGGGAGAGAGAGAGAGACAGACAGAGAGAGAGAGAUAUUAGGAAUUGUGCGGGGCCAUUACAUGUUCAGGUUCAUUUAUUUUAUACUGUUCCUUAAACCCCUUUGGUUCUACAAAGUGACAUUAAAUUGGUUAUCUUUCAUAUUUCUCAUUUGAUUAUCACCUCUUUUUCAGAAUCCAAAGAAAAAUAUUCUGUUGUAUUAAGAAAUAUCGUUAAAUUGUUGAAUCUAAUGUCGUUAGAAAAAAAGUAUGUCUGGUGACUUAUAUGGGUCAAAGCCACAAUCCUGUUCCAUCAGCCAUUGAUGUAACAUGCCAAAAUAAAAGUAAUAGACAAACCAUAGGCUUGAUUUUCAGGAAAUCAUAUUUAAUCACCAAAUCUAGCAUUAUCCCUGAAAUCAUAAUUCAUUUGCACUGCACAUCAUUACCAUUUAAAAUAAUAAAAAAAAAACGAAAAAAGUUUUGGGAAUAUUUUUGUUCAUAAUUUCAUCAAUUUACAGUAUAACUUGUUAAAACUGACCCCUGUCUAAUCCGGAUCCCUGUCUGUUCUAGCUUUUAUUGUUGGGUCCCGGCAUUUUCCCUAUUAAAUUAUAGUAGUUAAAACCUGUAUAAUCCGGAACCUGUCUAUUUUGAAAACUGGCAUGCAUCGUUUAACUGACCAUAGUAUAAGUAUACUUAUAAAAUCGACCUGCUCAAACGGGCCGUCAUGUUGUACAUUUAUACCAUACCAAUGUAUCUUACUCUUAAUUAAUCAUAGUUUAUUAAAUUGUUUCAAAUUAUGGUGUGCAAAGCAAGCUCACAGUCUGUCUUCCAUUAAAAUCGUGGCUUCGACCGAUAUAGGCACAUUUAUACUUAUAAUAAAGGACAUUUUGACGAGUGCAAAUUUUGCGAUUUGACAAUUUAGGGAGUAAACGUGUGUAUUCCCACUAUUGACAAUAUGAUUGAGGCCAGGGACAUAUAAGUAUUUGUUAAACAUCCCUGUUCGGAUGUUUUUAAAUGUUUAACUUGUAGUGUUGCUCACAAUAGUAUUGGUCAAUGUGAAACACUGUAGACUGUUACAGACAUUAUAAACCUGAUGGAUUUUUACCUCUUCUGUCAUUGUCACAAAUCAUAUUCUUCUUGAACUUCUUUGAUGUUGACAAUUUUUAAAUAAAUGAUUUUGCUUUAA